CUCGUAACGCACAGCAGAGGACCAUAAUCCUGGCGCGCCGUACUUUUUUUGGGUCAGGGAUGCUCCGUGCAGACAAAGGAAGGAGGUUUCCGUGCUGUGGGUGGUAAUUAUCAUCCAGCCUAGAGAACGGAAAAGUUGCAACUUCAAACACACACUGCCACAUCACACACCGGUCGUUGUCAAGCAGCUUGCUGCAUUCCAACAUGCAUUUAGGACUUUGUUUGCUGUUUCUUUCCUUGACGAAAAGUUGUUGGUGCGCCCCGCAGCAGACUUGUCAGCCCGACGACGAGGUUUUAGGAAGAUGCAGCAACAAUGUGUUUGAAGAAAAACCUACCUGCACAGAGCUGAACCUGGGCUACUGUAAUGAUAUGGAAUACUCAAGAACCAUAUUCCCCAACAUCCUUGGCCACCGGAGUCGUUUGGAGGCAGAGUCAGGACCAGAGUACCUCCUCCUGAGUGUCAUACAUGGCCUGCUCAAUGGGGAGUGCUCCCCAGAGAUACGUCUUGUGGGCUGCUCUGUACUCGCCUCACCCUGCCAGAAUGACAAGAUGAUCAAACCCUGCCGCAGCACGUGCGAUGAACUGAGGAAGAAUUGCGCCCAUGCCUUUGAGGCCAUUGAAAUGGCCUGGCCCUACUUCCUAGAUUGUGACCGCUUUUUUGCCAGCGAACAAGAGGGCUGCUUUGACCCGCUGGUGGGGCUGAGAGCCAGACAGGAGGUAGCAAUGUCCAGCCUCGCUCCCGAAGAACCCAGCACCAUCAUCCAGUUCACCUAUACCUCCAACGCCCAGAUGUACAAUUUACUGAAGAGAACAGCAGCCAAGUGCUCCCAUAUCUCUCAUGUCUACAGCAUCGGACGCAGCACAGAGGGCAAGGAUCUACUGGUUAUCGAGUUCACUGACAACCCAGGACAGCACGAGCUAUUGGAGCCAGAGAUCAAGCUGAUCGGCAACAUGCAUGGUAAUGAGGUACUGGGCCGUCAGUUGCUCAUCUAUCUCACCCAGUACCUGUGCUCAGAGUACGUUCUGGGGAACCAGCGAAUUCAGACCCUCAUCAACACCACCCGCAUUCAUAUUCUGGCCUCCAUGAAUCCAGAUGGCUAUGAGCUUGCCGCCUCAGAGGUAGAGGAUAGCAAUGAUCCGGAGCUCAGCAACCAGGAAGGUCACUUGUUGAAUGGCUGGACCAAUGGACGGACCAAUGCCCAGAAUAUCGACCUAAAUCGCAAUUUUCCGGACCUCACUUCCAUUUUCUACCGAAGCCGCCGCAGCAGGCACUUCCGCAUUGACCACAUCCCAAUCCCUGAUGCCUACUGGUUUGGGAAGGUGGCACCAGAGACCUAUGCAGUGAUGAAGUGGAUCAGGUCACUGCCCUUUGUUCAGUCUGCCAGUCUCCAUGGCGGGGAGCUGGUGAUCUCCUACCCCUUUGACUUCUCGAGAGACAUUCAUGAGGAGAGGAUGUUCUCACCCACUCCAGAUGAGCAGGCUUUCAAACAGUUGGCUCGGACUUAUGCAGAUGCACAUGCCACCAUGUCAAACAAUGACACAGAGAGGUGUGGAGCCUCCUUCUACAGAACUAGGGGAAUCAUCAAUGGUGCACUGUGGUACAGUUUUGCUGGAGGUAUGUCAGACUUCAACUACUUGCACACUAAUUGUCUGGAGAUUACUGUGGAGCUCGGCUGUGACAAGUUCCCAUCAGAAGGCGAGCUUUAUCCUGAAUGGAAGAGGAAUAAGGAAGCUCUGCUCAGUUUUAUGGAGUCUGUCCACCGAGGGAUAAAGGGAGUAGUUAAGGAUGUUGAUGGAAAUGGGAUAAAAGGUGCAACUAUCUCCGUCAGGGGAAUUCGGAAAGAUGUCACCACAGCUGAAGAUGGAGACUACUGGCGCCUGCUAAACCCUGGAACUCACAUCCUGACAGCCACAGCCAAAGGUUUCUCCAGGGUCAGUAAGAGGGUUUACCUGCCUCACAACAUGAACAAGGCUGGACGUGUCGACUUUGUCCUGGAGAAGGUUCCUGUGGAGCCCGAUAUCGAUGACCAUCUCUUCCCCACAGUGGACACAUGGGAUCGAUUCGACCCCUACAAUCAGUUCGAGCGCUACAGUGAGCCAGACAUAGGUGAAGGAGGGCUAGAACGGCAGGAGAAACCAUGGUGGUGGACCUACUUCUCCCAGUCUGGCAUCACACCUCCACACUGGCUACUGCGAAAUGUCUAGAAGCAUUACAGGACAAUAAAUAUUCCAUACCACUGGGAGACUGGUGAUGGACGUAUUGUCAGAGACAUCUACAUAACAGAAGCUGUGACCCUGAAAUCAGCAGCAUUCCUAAAUAGAUUUCAGUGCUUCCUGGAAGGAUAUGAAUACGUUUUUUUCUUUUCUACCAGGCAACCAAGAAUUUUGACCAAUAAUGCUUUGCAGCUGCAUUUAACUUGUUUUACGUAAAACUGAACCACUGAGAAUUAGGAAACAGUAAUGGAUGCCUCAGUUGUUCAACUUCUAAAUACUUUCACUGUCUAAAACAAUGGUGAGCACUCAUUUGAAUACUCUGAUUACAGAUUGCAAUUCCACACGUGACAUCUGCGACAAAAAAUGUAUUUGUGUUUGUGCAUAUUUUUUUAAGAAAGAGUUGAGUACAAAUUUCUUGCUGAUUUCUUUUUCUUUUUUUUUUUAUAUUGCACAGGUGAUUUCUCUUUAUGUCUUAGCCACAUUGUGUGCAUUAUACAAGGCUUAAGUACUACAAUCAAAAGUUCCAGGACAUGUAACAGCAUCUCAUAUGCAUACAUCACAUUGAGCACUGCAUUUAAAGUUGGAUUAGCAGCAAUACUGUGCCAACUGUGAACAGCAGAAAUUAUUGCUUUGUUUGUAUUUCACAAGCAUGAAAAUAUAUACUAAAUAAUA